AUGAGUCGCACUCGGAAUCUUCGCGAUGUCGAGUCCAACCAAGAAGAUCAACCUUCUACCUGGCGCGAUUGGACUUUCGUCCUUCUAUGGAGCAUCAUUGGAUAUACAUGCAUCAUUCUGACAGUUUUGGCUUACUUCAACCCCGGCCUUGUAUAUUUUGAUGUUUUUUCCUUGCUGUUUCGCAAGGAGAUUUCUCCAUUCUUCGCCUUCUCGCAGGGCAAUGGUCAUUAUUCCAAGCCCCAGGGAUUCAAGAUAGUGGCUAUAGUCCCCUUCCGUGACCAUGAACGUACAGCAAUACUGGAUUGUUAUCUGCAGAAAAACCUGGUCCAUAACCAUGGGUUCCUUGAUCAGGUCGUCUUUGUGCCGCAGACCAAUGAUGCUGUUAGCUUGGAAUGGCUACAAUCGAUCGUUAACCGCACAUCUGACUACGCUCUAUCUCCAUCUGGCCGUGGAAUGGAGUGGAAUGUCGUCAAGGAGAAUGUGAUGUACAUCCAGAUCGAUGGAGACACUAUGUUUAUAGAGGAUCAUGUCAUUUCAACUAUCGUCAAGACGAAGUUGGAAAAUCCAAGGUCGCUGAUAGUAUCGGCUAACGUGGUAAAUGAAGCAGCUCUCGCAUCUCUUCACAGUCAUCCGGGAACUGCACUCCCAUAUUUGCCCGAGCUGUAUCACGUGGAACUACCCAACAAGUCAAAAUCACAACUGAAGCAUGACUGGCGUGCUUCGAGUCUUCCCGGCUGGCAGGGCCCGGUGAAUUUCAAAGUCCACAAAGGCUUUGAGCCACCCUUCGAAGGGCAUCGCUGGCUACUCUCCACCGAUGCGAGCACAGGUCAAGAUCCUAUUGCAGCAUCUGUGUACACUGACACUGGUCCGACCCUACAGGACUGGACUGUGGGUGCGCAGCAACAUUACUCCUUCUUGCAUCACCUGGAACACAAUCACUUAGGCCGCUACAAAUUCCCGAUAUGGGUCGACCCAACAGAGCCUAUCAGCGAAAACUUUGGAUGCUUUUGGGGUAAUGAUGCAGUGGUUGCGCAUCAUACUGUCGGGCAUGGCAAUCAAACCAUAUCUUUUCAUGGUUGGUAUCAACCAGAUGGGACUCGUCCACAUGUCAUUAUUGAUGGCAAGGGUCUUGUUUCGCAUUAUUCUGCACGCCAAGGUGCGGCUGGCCUGGAUGCUACAGAUCUUAUACAUCGUUACCGAGCGUAUGCGCAAGAGAGGGUGUGUUUGCAGACUGCUUGA